UGUACUUUGUAGCCUCGUUUACCGGCGCUCAGUGCGCAGCUGCCGCUGGGUGACGUCAUAGGCUAUCAACGUGACUUUUCACCUUUGCCUGCCUGCGCGAUGCGCUUGUUGUUUUAAGAGACGGUACAAUGCAGGGUAAGAUCACUACAGAGUCAGACACAGACAGUUGUUUCCAAAACCAUUAAGUUGAUAAUGCUAAAUAAACUGUAACAGUUAUCUCGUUUUGUAGCGUCAUUUUGAAGUAUAGGCCUAUGUUUGCCAGCAAAAGCUUUUCAACAAGCAUCGUUUUAACUGACUGUGAAAGUGGCUACCACUCGGUUUAUUUUAUAUAGCUUACCAGCAAACCUAUCUGGGAAACCUUUUGAAAUUGCAAAGGGAAAGCAUACAUUGUUAUAUUGAAUCUGUAUAGGCUACUCUGUAGUAACUACGUGGCCAUGGCCACAUGACAUGGCCAGUGGCGGUGGGUCAAUAGAGGGCGCCAGGGCGCUGUCACACCAUAUUUGUACCGGGUGCCACGUCAUCCCGGUACAGACCCCCCACAGUAACAGACCCCCAGUCUAUUACUGUGCCAAACCAAAAUUGUUGAUCACCAGCCGCCACUGGACAUGACAAAUCCGUUUCAUGUCUACUCUGUCUCAGUGUCUCUGACAGUAGUGGUUUUUGCAUGUGCCAUUUUUUGAAUUUGAGCCCCUGCCCCUCAAAGGGUCGCUGCACGGCACUGAAAAAGAGGAUGGAUUGAGCUGGCCAAACCUAACCCUUUUCAAUUUACCAACCAAUGUGUGCAACAUAUGUGGAAGAUGGAUGCAAAAUAAAGUCAACCCCUUUAUUCAAAUAUGGGUUGGUCCACACCAACUAAAAUACAAACGGGGAAACUUGUUCCUAAAUUCAAAAUGCUUUUAUAAGCCUUCCAUCAAAGUUUGAAGAAAUUAAAGAAAAUGAUCUACUAUGAUACGAUGCAUUAAUUGACAUCUACUAGGUCAAACCGGAUCUAACCUCUGGGAAAGCAAUUAUAUUGGUCUUAUUACACGGCUCUUCUCAAUGCCGCGGAACCCUCCGUUCACUUGCAUGGGCCCUUCACAACUUCUGGCUGUGAAUUAUAUUUGAUAAUUCACCGUUGCUAAGUAUUAAAUGACUGCUGUCAAGGAAAGUGGAUUAUUUUGCCGUCUUUCAUAUCACUUACUCAACUUUAAUUUUUCCAAGCGCAUGCAUGAAGCAGGCUGCCUAUAACAGCAUCAUUAAAGUGAUUCUGAAUGUGUCCGACCAAAACAGGAAGGAAACCUCAAACAUUUUGUUAAUUUUAUUAUUCUAUACACUGAACACUAGUACAUUUACGUACUAGGGCACGGGUAGUAGACUUCUCUUCAAUCGUUUAGUCUACUACCUGUGCUUUCUUGGUACUUAACAAGAGCAGAGCCAGAAUGUGGUGUAAAGGGCCGGGACUGGUAGACAAAUGUUUGGGAUUGGGAGGUCACUCCUUAUUGUAGAUAUUACACCUUAAUACCAUUCAGUUACAGCUAGGCUUUUAUGUUUAGACAAACAGAUUUACUAGGAUUUUUUGCAUCACUUUGACUAUGCAAAAUGGAUUGAAACCACACGCAAGCAGACCUAAACUGAGGCGAAUGACGGGUUUGGGUGACCAGGGACUUUUAAAACAGCUCAACAUAUUUCUCUCUUGGAACAGGGCCGUUGUGAAUUUUUGAUGUAGAGAAUUUACAUGGAUGUCUUGACAAAGGAUGUCUCAUGGGGAUAGACACAUCAGGGUUAAACUUUGCCUUAAACAAAAACGCUUUUACCUUAAGGCACAGAAGCAGGAUUGAAGUGUCUGGGGAAGAUAUGACUAAUUUAGUUGCAAUCCUUCCAACUCCGAUAUAGACAUUCAUACACACCCACACAAUUAUAUCUUCUUACUUCCGCUUGAGGCCUAUGUCCUGCAGCUGAUCUUAGGGUUUUAACAUUAUGCUCAGACGGCAGCCUACCCCGAUUCAUUUUUUGAGGUAAGUUCAUAAAGAAAUUGGGUAACACUAUUAGUUUUAACGCUAUAGUAUAACUUUAAUUUGUGAGCUGUUGAACCAUCGGUUAUUUACAAAAAAACAUUCACUGACUGUAUUUUAACAUGAAUGAAUGAAUAAUAAGCAAGGAAUCCAGUUAGAUAAUACACUGUACAGUAUUAGAAAAAAAUAUGAACAAUGAUGGUUGUAAUUUAUUACAAAUGUGUUUGAAUACCAAUAAACAACUUACUAGAUGAGCAUACUAAAUUGUUCAUUAUUUUUGUUGUUAGAUGUGUUACUAUGCUGUGAGUGAGUGAGCUUUACAUAUAUUAAUAAAUAUAAUCUUACAGUUAAUAACACAUUGGUUGUGACCAGGAUCAACAAGGAAAAUCAACAAUGCAAUGACAUAAAUCAGGACAAUUGGGGUGCUUGUCGGAUGUAUGUAAGAUGUAUGCCCUUUUAUUAUUGAUUCGAUUUAAUAUUCAAUGAUGGGGAAAAAACUACAGAAGAGUGCAACUUCUAUUGACAUAGUUCCUUCUACCGUUAUUCAUUGAAUAUAUUGACUAGGCAUGUCAAAUGUAAUACCCUAGCAUCAUACAGCAACACUGUUGAUGCAAAGAAUGCACAGUAGUAGGAGUUCAUGUUCAGUUCUUCAAAUGUAUACUUUUUAUAAAAUGUUUACGCACAUAUACUUUUUGCAUCAUGGAACAAAACGACCAAGAAAAUCAUGUUGAGCAUAGGCCAAAAUGUUGUGAAAAUGUUGGUCAGGAGGAAGCUUCUAUAACACUGAUGUAUAUUUGGAACUUCACAAAAUGGCCUCCCGUCCAUCCAAUUGAAACAUGAUCUGCCAGUGCAGCAGAGAAGCUUUAGUUUGAAAUGUAAAUUUCAGAAUUUAUUCAUGGGAAAAAUAAUAAAAUAACAUUAAAUGACAAUGACAACUGAUGAAAACAAAAAUUCUUCAUGCUAAUACUAACAAGUUCAUUUGAAUCCCAAAAUACAUUUCUUAUAAUUUACUAGCAAUUGUAUUCCUUGCUUUUAAAUCAGUCAUACAUGUUGAACAAACAGCUUGUUCAAAGCCUCAUUAACAAUGACAUUUAUUUUAAAGUGUACUUAGAAUGUAAGUAACUAAAGUUCACUGUAUGUACAAUAACUUGACUAUUUUUGAUUCUCCGUAAAAGUACCAGGUUAAUGACGAACCAAAUGGUGUUUACAGGUUCUUCAAGCGGCAUUAAAUAUGAACACUACGACUCCCUUCUACGAAUGGAUUUAUAGCCUCAAUACAGACGACUACAGUGUGGGACCGGUGCACAUGUGUGAAAGAGAGGAUGACAACUCCCUCGGGGCCCAGCUUUCUGUGCUCUACUUCCUCAUGUUUUUCCUCAGUCUGGUUGGGAAUGGUUUGGUGUUGUUAAUUAUCUACCGGUUUGAAAAGUUGACAACCGUGACCAACAUAUUCCUGCUAAACCUGGUGGUGUCUGAUUUAAUUUUCAUGAGCAGUCUUCCCUUCUGGGGCAUCUACCAACAACUCUCCACCUGGGUCUUUGGCACAUCCAUGUGCAAGAUUGUGGGCAGUGCCUACUUCCUGGGCUUCUACAGUUCCAUCCUUUUUCUAACCCUGCUGACCUUUGACCAACACCUUGCAGUUGUUUACUCCCUUGUUGCAUCACGUCUGAGAAGACAGACCUAUGCAAUUGCCUGUUGUACUGGGGUUUGGCUUCUUAGUUGUUUGGCUUGCGUUAAACCAAUUAUUUUGUAUAAUGUCUUCACUGACUUGAACAACAAGCAGUUCUGCGAAGAAUAUCCUAGCAAUGUUAUGGUGAACACCUUUGUUGACAUGUCUUUCUUGAAAGCUUUCUGGAUAUACCUUCAGCUCUUUUUUUUCUUUUUCUUCCCUUUGGCUGCCAUUGUUUACUGCUACAUCAGGGUCACUAUCACUGUAGUAUCAACAAGAAUUAACGCCAAGUUCAGGACAGUGAGGAUGAUUUUUUUCAUUGUUUUGAUAUUCUUUCUGUGUUGGACCCCAUAUAAUGUUGUUUUACUAAUGCACUAUUAUUUUGGUGGGUCCACAUCCUGUGAGAAAAUGCAAAGGCUUGGUUAUGCACUUCAAGUCACACGUAACAUUGCUUAUCUUUACUUUUGUAUUAGUCCCAUCCUUUAUUCAUUUGUUGGCAGAAAGUUCCAGAACCAUUUGAGACAGCUGCUGGCGAAAAGCCUUCCAUGUAUAAAGUAGCAUGCUGCUUUCAGUUUUAUCCAGGGAUUGUGAUUCCUGUCUUGAGAGUGAAUGCAAAUUAUUCUGCAGUAAACAAUGUGUUGGCAAAUAUAUACAUAAAUAAUAAACUAAAUAGUGGAAAAUUAUUAAAGUUUUUUUUAUUAGAUGGGGACACAGCUCUUAUUAUAUUCAUUGGAGAACUCGUUUUGAAAAAGUAUUUUUUCAAAAUAAGUACAGGCUGUGUGUUGCAUUGGAGCAUAUGUCAACAUAGUUGUUUCAGUAUUAUAAAUAUUGAAUUUGUAUUCUGCUGAAGUUACAAGGUUUCAUUCCUGCUGUGUUGUGUCGAAAAACAAAUGACAAGGAUAACUUCAGUACUUUUGUUGACAUUUUUUAUUGGUCAUCAAAACAUGACAGAUUUCUUCCCUUUGUUAGGAGGAAGUCAACAUAUUCCUACAUGUUCAGUACAUUUCUUAUACUUCCUUAUUUAUGUUCUCAACUUUUCCAUGUUACUUCACAUAUUCUUUGUAAAAGGUGAUUACUCCCAGUUCAACAUAUUGUCAGAUUCUGCAGACCAGAAGUUGUUGUCAGGUCUCCAGUUAUACUCUACUCCAGCGUUGGUUAAUCUGUCACAAUUUUGCAGAUUUGCUAAAAGAUAUUUAUAUUUUAUGUGUUUUUUUAUUUCUGGUUAUAACAGAAAAAUCGAUGUCAUUAACAAAUGCAAUCAUCAAAUUUUUUUUUUUAAUUAAUUGCCAUUAUUAGUAAUGUUUCUAGUAUUAGUUACGGUUUAAGUCAAUGGUCAAUUUAAGCUGAAGUGGAACUUUUAUUAACAAAAAUGAACAAGCCCUAGGCUCAGCCCAACAGAAAACAGAAAGAGAUUUGGCAUCUUGGCCAUGGAGAAACCUAAAAUAAAGCUCCCGAAUCACCGGUCUCCUCCGGGGAUAAUCAGUUCAUAACUCAAUGUUGUCGGGUGGUGAAACGUCAAUCUCGUCAAAGUAGCUACUCCAAAGCUGUUUGGUGAUCGUCGGGUAGAGCGUUCCGCAUCAGAUAAUGGAGGGGGCUGGCCAUGGUGGCGUAGCCUGGGGACCGGGGGAUAAACCUCUGGUAGUAGCCAACGAGACCCAGGAACGACUUCAACUGUUUCUCAGAGUUGCAAGCUUGUGGAUCUCUUUCUUACUGUGAUCUGACACAAAUUUAGAUCCAAGUCACUCAAGCCACGUUCUGUUAGGGCUUCUGCCAUGUCAGACAGGUCUGUUUUUUGUUCUUCUGUGAUAUGUUGGCUGUUGGACUUAAAACACGAAAGCUCAUCAGGCUGAAAUUCCAAAACAGCCAGACAUGGGUACGCAUCUGCCAAUUUAGCAUUCCCCUUGAUUUUUGCUUAUCAGUGGGGUUUAUGACCUUCAUAGGGACCCACCAAUCUCACCACAGAGGAGUCACCAGUCUGUCGACAAGAACCCUUCUUGGGAUUUAAUUAGACUUUGUCGGCUCAACCCCCACAUUGCAGCCCAGGGGACCACGUGAUUUUUCCAAGAGCUUUCCUCAAACCAGGUUUUCCUCUCAAGAGUGUCACGACUUGGUUGAGUUUGACCGUUCCUAUGAGGUUGGGCACAGCCGCAUCUUUCAACCGAUUAAUUCAUCACGCCCUCCAACAUCAGGACCAACAUCAGUCGUCUCAGAAGUCAUUGUCUAGAAUACAUCUGAAUCCUUGAAACUGUGUCAAAUACAUUACAUUUUUUUCUAUGAUGAACUCAUCCACCUGACCGGAAACUAGUGUGGGCACGUUCACUGUACAUCCAUACGCUUCAAGCUGCAGAACACAAAGUCUCUUCGGAUGGACUCUCUUCCCUCCACAUCCGAUCAGGACAUUAUCCAAGUCUUGCUGAACAUCAUUGUCCAGGAAGCCAGAGACGUUGUUCUUCUGUUCUACGGCCUCACACACAGAACAUGCCAUUGAACCUGUGUCUAAUAUGGCGUUCACUGUUUCAUAUCCAUUAACAACAAUAUGGGCCCUAUCGAGCGUUCUUUUCCCACCACCGCCACUCGCCGGUAAAUUAGGGAUUGAUCAUGCUCCCCAAGGGGCGGUUCGGCGGAAGGAGGAGGCGUGUUCUGGCGCAAACGGUAUUUUGCCGUUUCUGAAUACCAUUGCGCUACUGACCAGGAAAUACCUGGUUUAAAG